CGGGUUUAUUGACUGUCGUGCCAUCGGAAAUAGUACUGGUGUUACGACGGCGAAAUCUGAAUUCGGCCGUUUUCAUUGAACAGUGCUGCGAAAAUUGUGAUCAUCAACUGUUAAAUUCAAAACAAAGUUUUGAUUUAAUCGAGGGCGGUGUUUUAUCAUGUUCUUUUCCAAUGCCCUGUCUGCUUUGCAGAAACACGAAGACGAUCAGGAUGAUGAAGAAGAGGACGUCUUUCAACAGGCAAGAGAAGUGGUAGCUGCCAAGACAUACAGUAUGGAGACGGCCGUCCGAUACGUCUACGGUCAAGGAUUCGGAAUGGAUGUCCAGAUUCUCACCGAUGAAGAAAAGGAGGCUAUCGAACGGGCGCGCUACUGUCGCCAACAAUUGCUCAGAUUGAAAGCCCGUCGCGCGGCCCAGGAGGCCGGAGAGGCGGACACUUCGCAAAUACUGCAACAAGAAGAAGUUGAAGAAUGGCUGGCCAAUAUUGAACUGAGAUUAAGACAGCAGACCCGGAAAUUGGGAAUCUCAGCUGCUGAAUUGCCCAUUUGGAUUGCACCUCAUUUACGUCGAGACCUGAAAAUUGGCAACAUCGCUUCGGCUGCCAAAGCAGCUGCUGCUGCAAUCAGGUUGAAAUUAAGCAGCAAUGAUGUGGCAUCUGGCGGGCCAUCAUCGAUCGGUGCCACGUCGAAUACUACACCUCGGGACAACGAGAAAGCGGCUGCUAUCGCCGCUCUGACCGACCUCAUGGAAGAACUGGAAGAACUCAGCAUUACGAGUCGGGAUAAUCAAAAGGAUAAACAGACACAGCCUCAGGGUGGAUCGAAGAGAACUGUACGAUUCCAAACGCCAAAUUCGUCCCCGUUCCAGACACCUCGAUCACAAGCUUCCGAGCCUGGAGGAUUGAUUACGUUUCAUCGUAAGAAUCGUUUGAAAAAGACUACGUCAGAAGAGAGCAAAGUUCAACAACCUCAGCCGUCCAGUACGAAGUCAGAUGCAGAGCAUCAACCCCAGCUGGAGCCGCAAUCUUUGAAAACCAGAGUGUCGGCAUUGGCAUCAUCGGAUGUCACGAGACCAAGCUCAUGUCCAGGACGUACACCUAGUGUUAGAGGGCCGGACGUUCCACCCCAAUCGCAGCAGCCAGCCGUCAAAAGCAAAGGGCCCGCCAAGGGUUACGUGACCCGCCGAAGAGGAUCAGAGAACAGCCCAUUAGCGCAGCUGUAUCCGACAUGACGCUAGCUGAUGUUCCUAGUCUGUUAGAGCACCAUUGAAAAAACGUGUAUUUUAAACACAAUCAAAUAUUACAAAAAUUACAGUCAUGCAAAUC